AUGCCUCGCAGAGCAGAGGAGCAGCAAGAAGGGGAGAUGGAGGGAACUCCCAUCCCGACGUCCCACUUCCCACCAGGCAUCCGGUCCUGGGAUGUUGAUCCUGGUGUCUAUAGCCUGGACGAACAGCUCAAGAUCUUUGUGUCCCGACACUCGGCCACCUUCUCCAGCAUCGUGAAAGGCCAGCGGAGCUUGCACCACCGCGGAGACACCCUGGAGACCCUGGUCCUCCUGAACCCCUCAGACAAGUCUCUCUGUGAUGAGCUCCGGAACCUUCUACUGGACCCUGCCCCUCACAAGCUGCUGGUGCUGGCUGGGCCCUGCCUGGAGGAGACAGGCGAGCUGCUGCUCCAGACAGGGGGCUUCUCACCCCACCACUUCCUCCAGGUCCUGGGGGACAAAGAGAUCCAGGAUAUUCUGGCCUCCACACCUCCACCUGCAGAGUCGCCCACACUCACCAUCACCUGUCCGACCUUCGGUGGCUGGGCCCAGCUGGCACCUGACGUGCCCGGCCUGCAGGGUGUGCUCCGGUUGCGGCUGCGGCUGAACCCGCCAGCACGGCUGCCAGCCUCCGAGGGCCUGCGUGAGUUCCUGGAGUAUGUGGCUGAGUCUCUGGAGCCACCAUCCCCCUUCGAGCUGUUGGAGCCUCCGUCCUCCGGGGGCUUCCUCAGGCUCGCCCGGCCCUGCUGCUACAUCUUCCCUGGGGGUCUUGGGGAUGCUGCCUUCUUUGCUGUCAAUGGCUUCACUGUGCUGGUCAACGGUGGCUCGAACCCCAAGUCAAGCUUCUGGAAGCUGGUGCGGCACCUGGAUCGGGUGGACGCCAUGCUGGUGACCCAUGCGGGUGCUGACAGCCUUCCGGGCUUGAAUAGCCUGCUGCGACGUAAGCUGGCAGAGCGCCACGAGGUGGCCACCAGUGGGGGCUCCUGGGAUGACAGGCUGCGCAGGCUCACCUCCCCCAACCUGGGGGUCGUGUUCCUCAAUGCCCGCAAGGCCGCGUCACGGCUGGUACGUGGCGAGGAUGAGGCGGAGCUGGCACUGAACCUGCUGGCCCAGCUGGGCAUCACACCCCUGCCCCUGAGCCGUGGGCCACUGCCGGCCAAGCCCACGGUGCUCUUUGAGAAGAUGGGCGUGGGCCGGCUGGAUAUGUAUGUGCUGCAUCCGCCCUCGGCCAACACCGACUGCACACUGGCCUCCGUGUGUGCUUUGCUGGUGUGGCACCCUGCAGGCCCUGCUGAGAAGGUGGUGCGUGUGUUGUUCCCCGGCUGCACACCACCGGCCCGCCUCCUGGAUGGCUUGGUCCGCCUGCAACACUUGGGGUUCCUGCAGGAGCCCGUGGUGACACCCCAGGACCUGGAGGGGCCACGGCGAGCAGAGAGCAAAGACAGCCUGGGCUCCCAGGACAGCUCAAAGAGAGAGGGCCGGACGGCGGUGCCCGCCAGGCCUGCCCAGGAGCGCCCUGGGGUGGCCCACAAGGAGCCAGCUCGGGCUGAGGCCCCACGCAGGGCUGAGAAGGAAGCCAGGUCCCUCCGAGAGGUGAAGAAGGACACCAAGCCGAGUGCCCCCCGGACCCAGCCCCGGGAAGUGCGCCGGGCAGCCUCUGCUGUGCCCAACCUCAAGAAGGCAGGCACCCAGGUGGCCCCCAAGACCCGCAGAGCGCUCACCACACCCCAUCUGGGCACUCAACCAGUGGAGAAUGGGCCUCGCAGUCCCCCCAGCUUCCAAUGUGGACAGGCCAGCUCCCCCACGGCGGCCUGCAGCUCCCCAGCCUCCCAGCUGGUGGCUACACCCAGCCUGGACAGCAGCCUGGAGCUGGGGCUGAGCCUGGCCGGCCAUGAGGGUGGCCGCUUGGAGGAGAAGACACUGGAGCUGCUGUCGGCCGCCAGCAGCCCCCGGCCACACACGCCAUCAACCACCGAGCCCCACUGGAGCCCCACUGAGGGCAGCGGGCAGCUGUCGCUGAGUUCACUGCGGGGCGGGGAGGCUGGGCCUGACGCGUCACCAACGGUGACCACGCCCACAGUUACCACGCCUUCAUUGCCCGCUGAGGUGGGUUCUCCGCACUCCACAGAGGUUGAUGAGUCCCUGUCUGUGUCCUUUGAGCAGGUGCUGCCACCACCUGCCACCUCAAGUGAGGCUGGGCUGAGUCUCCCGCUUCGAGGCCCCCGGGCACGGCGCUCAGCCUCCCCACAUGACGUAGACCUGUGCCUGGUGUCGCCCUGUGAGUUUGAACACCGCAAGGUUGUGCCCACGGCGCCAGCACCUGCGUCCCCUGGCAGCUCCAACGACAGCAGCGCCCGGUCCCAGGAGCGGGCAGGUGGGCCAGGGGCUGAGGAGACGCCACCCACAUCUGUCAGUGAGUCUCUGCCCACCCUGUCUGACUCGGACCUGCUGCCCGCUGCCCCUGGUGCCAUGGACUCAGAUGAUGACACAAACGGCUUUGGGGUCCCUUGCCACGACCCUCUGCCUGACCCCCUCAAGGUGCCCCCCCCACUGCCUGACCCACCCAGUAUCUGCAUGGUGGACCCUGAGAUGCUGCCCCCCAAGUCAGCCCGGCAGACAGAGAGUGUCAGCCGCACCCGGAAGCCCCCGGCCCGCCCCAGCUCUGCCACUGCCACCUCCAAAGCCGCUCCGGUAGCUGCUGCCAAAACCAAGGGGCUUGCCAACAGGGACCGGGCCAGCCGGCCACUCAGUGCCCGGAGCGAGCCCAGUGACAAGGGAGGCCGGGUGCCCCUGUCCAGAAAGCCCUCAGUCCCCAAGGCUGCCACUCGAGGUCCGUCUGGGUCAGCCAGCAGCCGGCCAGGUGGCUCAGCCAUCCCACCCAGCUCCCCCGUCUACCUGGACCUGGCCUAUCUGCCCAGUGGGAGCAGCGCCCGCCUGGUGGACAAGGAGUUCUUCCAGCGAGUGCGCGCGCUCUGCUACGUCAUCAGCAGCCAGGACCAGCGCAGGGAAGAGAGCAUGCGGGCCAUCCUCGACGCGCUGCUGGCCAGCAAGCAGCAGUGGGACCGUGACCUCCAGGUGACCCUGAUCCCUACCUUUGACUCGGCGGCAAUGCACAAGUGGUAUGAGGAGACGCAUGGCCGGCACCAGGCACUGGGCAUCACGGUGCUGGGCAGCAACAGCAUGGUGUCCAUGCAGGACGAGGCCUUUCCCGCCUGCAAGGUGGAGUUCUAGCCCUGCCGGCAACACACACACUGCCCCCCGCCCCCGACCCUACUGCCACACACAUCCCUCACGGCCUCUGUGUUGACAUUCACCCGCCCGACAAUAAACCGUGCACUCCA